CCAGGCCUGGCUCCGGCUCCGCGGGCGGAGGGGGGCUGAGAGAAGCCGCAGCUGCAACUUAACCUGGAGGCUUUGAGCCGCGGCGCAGCCGGGGUUCGAGCUCCCGACAUCGCGGAGCCGCUACUUCCCCGGCCCGGGCCUCAACCCAGCCGGCUUGGCCAUGGCAACCGCGGCCACUGCGGCGAAUCUGUCCUCUGCGCUCCCCGCCCUUCGCUGAGCAGCCGUUAACUCGCCCGUCCUCCCUUCUGCCGGUGCCGCCGAGGCCCAGGCUCCGCACAAGUUUCCGCCGCCGAAGAAGCCGGAGACGAAAGCAGGGGAGGACGGAGGUGGGAAGUCGGGCGCCCCCGGCCCGCCCGCGAUGUGGGGCCGUUUCCUGGCCCCCGAGGCCAGCGGCCGGGACAGCCCCGGCGGAGCCCGCAGCUUUUCGGCGGAAGAGGCUUCUGUUAUUCAGCGCUCACCAAUUACGCCAUCUAAGUGACUUCAGUGAUGGAGAGGAAGCCCCGGUUAUGUGCCCAGAAUAUUCAUCAGCAUGGUUACCUGGUAAUGAAUCAUUGUGGCAGGCCACAACUGUUCCAUCUAACCAUCGAAAUAACCAUAUCAGAAGACACAGUAUAGCUUCUGACAGUGGAGACACUGGCAUUGGCACUUCCUGCUCUGACAGUGUGGAAGAUCAUUCAACUUCAAGUGGCACACUAUCUUUUAAGCCUAGUCGAUCAUUGGUUACUCUUCCCACAGCCCAUGUGAUGCCGUCCAAUUCAAGUGCUUCAGUUUCCAAACAUAGGGAAUCAUUAGCAUCAGAUGCCUCAAAAUGGAAUACAAGCCUCUUACAAACAUUGGGAGACCACAGUAGGGGAGAGCAGGACUCUUCACUAGACAUGAAGGACUUCCGACCCCUUCGGAAAUGGUCAUCUUUAUCUAAACUCACUAUCCCGGACAACUGCAGCCAGAGUGGUGCUGUACACACAGAAGAGCUGAAGAAUGGUUUGGAAAAGACAGGGAGGGGCAAGGCUUUAACAUCACAGUUAAUGACUAUUGGGCCUAGUUGCUUACACGAUAGUAUGGAGAUGCUUAAGCUAGAGGACAAGGAAAUAAAUAAAAAACGGUCAUCAACUCUGGACUGCAAGUAUAAAUUUGAGAGCUGUAACAAAGAGGACUUUAGAGCCUCUUCUACUCUUAGGAGACAGACCUUAGACAUGACAUAUAGUGCCUUACCUGAGAGCAAGCCCAGCAUGACAAUCUCAGAGGCUUUUGAAUCUCCAAAAUAUUUAAUGCUUGGGCAGCAGGCAGUAGGUGGAAUUCCCAUUCAGCCUUCUGUGAGGACUCAGAUGUGGCUUACAGAGCAGUUACGGACAAACCCUUUGGAAGGUCGAACUACAGAGGAUUCUUACAGUUUAUCUCCUUGGCAACAACAGCAAAUUGAAGAGUUUCCACAAGGAAGUGAAACACCAGUGCAGGUUUUAACUGGAUCAUCUCGUCAUCCUUAUUCACCUUCUGGCUUUCAGGAUUUCAGUAAGUGGGAAUCAGUGCUGAAAAUUAAAGAAGGACUUCUAAGGCAGAAAGAAAUUGUAAUUGAUCGGCAGAAACAACAAAUUACUCACCUACACGAGCGGAUAAGGGAUAAUGAACUACGGGCGCAACAUGCCAUGUUAGGACGUUAUGCAAAUUGUGAAGAUUCUUAUGUGACAAGUUUGCAGCCACAGUAUGAGAACACUUCACUCCAGACUCCAUUUUUAGAGCAGUCAGUGUCCCUACCUCAGCAAGAGGACCUUGAGCAAAAGCUUAUGUCUACUGAGAAAGAAGUUAUACAGCUCAAUGAGUUUUUCAAACAGAGAAUAAACCAACUUAGUGAAGAAAAGAAAAAACUAGAGGAAAAGCUUAAAACCAGAGAUAGAUACAUAAGUAGCCUGAAAAAGAAAUGCCAGAAGGAAUCUGAACAAAGCAAAGAAAAGCAGAGAAGAAUUGAGACCUUGGAAAAAUAUCUGGCUGAUCUUCCAACUCUCGAUGAUGUACAAAGUCAGAGUCUACAGCUGCAGGUUCUGGAAGAAAAAAAUAAGAAUUUGCAAGAGACAUUGAUAGAUACAGAAAAAAAGCUUGAAGAGAUCCAAAAACAAUGUCAAGAUAAAGAAGCACAGCUAAUAUGCCAGAAAAAGAAAGAAAAGGAGUUAGUAACUUCUGUUCAAAGUUUACAGCAAAAAGUAGAAAAAUGCCUUGAAGAUGGAAUCCGCCUUCCCAUGUUAGAUGCAAAACAGCUUCAGAAUGAAAAUGAUAAUCUCAGAGAACAAAAUGAGGCUGCUAGUAAGAUAAUAGACAGUCAACAAGAUGAAAUGAACAGAAUGAUAUUAGAAAUUCAGUCUAUGCAAGGGAAACUUUCUAAAGAGAAAUCAACCACACAAAAGAUGCUGGAAGAGCUAGAAAGGAAAGAAAGAAACCUGCAGAGAUUAACAAAAGCACUACUUGAAAACCAAAGACAAGCAGAAGAGAUGAGCCCUUUAUUGGAUCAGGGCCAGGAGGCAGACCAAUCUAGGCAGCAGACCAUUCAUUCCAAGUGGCCGCUGUUUGAUUUGACUGUGAUUGAUCAGUUGUUCAAAGAAAUGUCCUAUUGUUUGUUUGACUUGAAAGCACUAUGUAGUAUUCUUAAUCAGCGAGCUCAGGGCAAGGAGCCUAAUCUUUCAUUAUUACUGGGAAUCAGAUCAAUGAACUGUUCAGCUGAAGAGACUGAAAAUGACCACAGCCCAGAAACACUCACUAAAAGACUGUCAGAUGUGUGCCAGUUACGGAGGGACAUUGAUGAAUUAAGGACUGCAAUAUCAGACCGCUAUGCUCAGGACAUGGGAGACAACUGCAUUACCCAGUGAUCAUGUGUUGGUCCCACAGCAAUAAUGACCAUUGCUAAAUGCUGCUGUGCUAUGGUUCCUCAUAAUUUUUUUUAGGAGUUAUAAUGUAAAAUUGCAAGUGACAUGACUUGCAAAUAGGGGUUGUUUUGUUUUAUUGAGGGUAAGGAGGGUUGUGAGAAGGUUUUGAAGGGACUUACCUAAUCAGGCAAAGAAAAUCAAAUUACCAUUUGAAAAAUGUGAUAAAGCAUACAAGGAAAAAAAAAAAUCUGUAUUCUCAAACUACUGAUUGUAGGACCAAGCUGUGAACAGUGCCCUUCAGAUAAAAGGGUAGCAUUUUAUUUAAUCCUCCUGUUUUGUGCAUUUGUGUGUGCAUGUACGUACAUGUGGUGUUUUUAUGUGUGUGCUUUAUUCACAAAAUAAUAGAAUUUCAAGGGUCAAAACAGAGCUUCUAAGAAGGCACACACUGCUUAUCCUUUUAUUUCAUAUAGAAACUUGUGUUAUAUUUUGAGAUUUUCAAGGGCUGGCUGAGUAAGAGUUCCAACAGCAAGCAAGUUUCUAGUAGAAGUACAGCAGGCAAAACCAUUUGUGUUUUAAACAAUCACUGUGCUGAGAUGAUGAAGUUGUGGGAUUGAUGUUAGUACUGUAGAUAGGUCAGCUGUUUUUCCAGAGUGAUUGUGGGUUGCCUUAGAAGUAUGACAUGAUGAUCUUUUUCAUUAGUGCUAUAAUUUAUAUAUUACAAGAAAGUUUAACAAUUUGGACUAAUUUUGACAUGCUCCUUACUAUUUACAAUUAUUAUUUUAUAUGUCAUAUCAAUCUAAAAAAGCCAUAUAUAAUUAAUGCAAGUUCUCUAAGGCCUCAGAUCAUUAUUGUAAAAAGAAAAACUGGCAAAGUGACUCUGGAACGAUAGCUUAUUUAUCCAAAUCUCAACGUUUACAUUCUGUUUUGUACCUAUUUUAAAGUUGAAGCUAUUUUAAGAGGAAACCUACUCAUAUUCUUUAUAUCUGAAUUAACACUAUCAUAAAAUAAAAUUAAACCUAGAUGUUUUAAUUUCUUUUAUUAGAUAUAUCAUAUUAACAAUGAGGUUUCCUAUAGCAUAUGAAUUUGGCUCAGUUAGUUGUUCAUCUGGAGUACCAGGGUAGAACAUGAAAUGCAACUAAUUUUAAGUAGAUACAUAAUCAUUUAAACUUCCAAAUGAGUAUUGUCCAUAUUUUAGUUGGCAUUUUGGAAAGAAAAUAUAUUUUAUUACCUUUGAAGCAUUUAUUACAUUCUUUUAAAUAUACCUAGUUAUAGCAAAGCAUUAUUAGUCCUUUGUAAGUUUGUUUGAUUUUUUUUAUAUAUAACCAAAUUUCAUUCAGGCAAGACUAAAUAAGAGGGAUAAUAAAGGGUAUGAGUCAAGCAGGAUAAUAUUGUUUUAUUGAGAGCUCAUAUGCUUGUUUUCUCACCAGGCUUAUAUGCUAGUGUAAAGGCUCCUCCUAUAAAAGGUUUUUCUUAUUCUCACCAAUGAAACAUUUUGGGAUGACAUCUUCAAGGUAACUACCCAGGAAUGUACUCAAUUCAGCAUUUUGGCUUAUAUACUGCUCUCAAAUAAGUUGUCUUAUAGUUGCAUUUCAACAAUUCAUUAUAAUACAUUGUAAAGAUAACAUUUUUUUCCCUCUGAGUCUACCCUGCUCCUCCUCUUGGGAUAUAGCCACUGAGAAAUCAGUGUAUUAGUGGCAUUUUGCACCUCAAGUUCUCUAACCUAAGAGAGACUGACUUAGUGGCUGGUAAGAACUAGGCUUUCUAAAAAUGUGUUCAUUUGGUUUUAAAUGUUAGUACUUUGAAGACAAUCAAGAAAUCAUAAAUUUAUACCAAAAAUUAGAUGCAAAGUAGUCUGUCUUACAAAAUUAAUGUUUGGUGUAGAUGGCCCUGUACAGUGAAGUAGAUAAUAUCACCUAGCAUAGAUCAGCUAGUACAACUAGUAAUAUUUUUACCUUCUUUUUGGAUGGAAUCCCCACCAUCUUGUCAUGAUUUCUGAAAUAAAAUCACCUAAAAUAACAGAACUAAUGAGCAAACUAUCACUAAUUUGGAUAGUUUCUUACUUAACCUAUCUUCUUGGUUUUUAGUUUAUGUUUGGGGACUUUGUGCUUGUUACUAUUUUAAACAAAUUUAUGGUCAUUUGUUUGUAUCUGUCAUAGGUACAGUUUUAUUUUUUUAGCCAGAAAAAUAAUUUUUUGUUUUAGUAAGUUUUCUAAAAUGUACAGAAUUUAAUUCAUGUAUCUUCAGGUAAAAAAUUUAACUUGGGACAUUAACAAAUUUCUGCUGAUAUAUUUUAUUUUCUAAGUUGUAUACUUCCAUUUUAAAAAGGAAUAAAGAUAUGAUAGUUUAAGUAUAAUGGAUUACAAAAUAUCAUCUCUUAGAGUCUGGAGUUAGGCUAUAAAAAGGCCACAAUGAAAAGUAGUCAGCCUUGGAGGGACUUUGGUGGGGGAAUGAAACUGUUAGUAUUCCAAUUAUUCAGCAUUUGUUUUUUGAGUUUUAUUUUUCAUAAAAUUCCCCUUCCUCAAGACACCCUCUUGUAUUAAAACAGUUGUAAUACUGGUAUUGCAUUGAAAAGAGUGUACCAUUAGGUCAAGUAAGAUGGGCCAAUAGCAACACUAUAGUGUUUUUAUCUCUUUUAGAACUAGGACAUUCAUGGACCUUAUUACAGUUACCUGCCUGAAUGAAAAUUAACCUAAAUUUUAAAGUAAAUCUAUUUGAAAAUUUUCUUAGGUAAUAAGACCUUUUAAAUUAUGCUUUGUAUAUUAAAUGUUUAUCCUCUAAGUUAAUGCAAUAUUAACAUUAAUUACUAGUCUUUUCAAAUUGAGGUUAUUCUAACUCAGUCCCAUACAAAAGAAAGGAAGCAACAGUUGUAUCAGUGAAAGAUCCACAAUACCUGUGCAGAUAGAAUUAACUGAAUCAAGGGCACAAGAACUGUCUUUUCUUUUGAAGUCAAAAAUAGGAUGACUUUAGUUAAACUGUUAGUAAAUUUUCAGUGGCCGCUAAUAUAAAAUUUUUAAGUCUUCACUAGGUAAGAUAUGUCUGAAAAAAUUUUUGAGGUGUAACCCCUUUUAUAUUUGAAAUAGGAUUCGGUAUUUAAUAUUAACAGUAUUACAUCUUAGUGAAAUUUAUUUUGGUUGUGACAGGUUUUUAAACUGACUUAAGCUUUUUUCUGUAGUUUGCUGGAAAGCUCAAGGGAUGUUAAGUGUUGCUAACAUGAGUAUAGUACAUUCCUGAUUUACCAAUGAACUUAAUAGGGAUCUCUUAGUGGAUAUUUGUAAAGGAACUGCUUUAUUGGGAGAAUGUUCUUUAAAUGUCAGUAAAAUAGUUCAUUGAGUAACAGGAGCUGAGCACUUGGACUGCAUUUGUACAUAGCAUAGUGUAGCUUAGGCACACCUUAUUUUGGGUUGCUGGCGUUCUCUUAUGUAGAUUUCUAUCCUUGUAGAUAUGUAAUUUGUAAGAAGUAAUUCUCAUAACCAUGCACAUUGAGACUGUAGUUCUCAGAGCUGAAGUUCUUUUGUUUCCAUUUUGACAAGUCUUUUCACCCAAAGCUAUCUCCUAUUUGGUAUAAAGAGUAAAAUUUCCAACUUUGCCCCAAACACCAUUGGUGGUAAUUGCUAUAUGACUAUAUCAUACAUGUAAUCAUGAUGGGGAAAUAUUUUAGAUUUUGUCUUAUUUAAAAGAAGUAUUGACUAUAAUAAGAAAGUAGUUUCUAAUCAGUAAGUCAUAAGCAACACAGUUGUGGCUGUAUACAGAGAGAACCUUUUGUGCCUUUUUGCCUACAGUAAGUGUUUGUUUCUAUUUUACAUGAGCUAUGAGAAUGUUAAUGAUUAUUGCACCUUGUUCUUCUGUAAAUAGACUUGAUUAAGGAUUCUGUUUAAGCAAGAGGCAGUUUUUUCUUACCAGAUGGCUACUUAGUAAACAUGAGGGCAAUUACCAGAUAUAUUUCUUUGGAACCCAGCCUUCCUUAUGUAGUGAGCAGGAAAUUGCUUUAGAAUGUAUUCAUUUGUGUGUGUGUGUGUGUGUGUCUGUGUGUGUAUGUGUAUACACACAUAUAUAUAGCUAUUUAAAUACAUAAAUGUAAAACUCAGCAUCACAUUGAUGUGAUGACAAGUAGUAAGGUGCUAGGUGGUUACGUUAAAAGCACAGAGUGUAAUCAUCAGUCACUAUGACUGGUGGGUUUUGUAAACUAGGUUCAGUUUUUGAACCACCCAGAAUACCUCAUGUGUAAAUACGAUGUUCAUGACUUAUUGAAAUGCAGUUACUAUAAAAAAAGAAUGUGAAGCCACUGGUUGGCUUAUGCCUUUUAACCUAUCAUUUUUGCCUCCUGUUUUAUAAAGGGGUUGUUCUGUUUUUGUUUUUAAUAGGGUUUACAGCUAGAAAUUUGAAUGCCAAAGUUCUAUUUAUUAACUAAGAAAAAAGUUUUCAAUGUUAAUGGCUAGUAUUUUUCCACUGGACUAUUGUUUGUUGAUGUUGAAAUUUGUAUUUACAGAGAAAUAAAUUUUUUAUAAAAAGAUUUAUGUCUUCCUAGUGCCUAAUGUUAAUAUAAGAAUGUAUUUGAGGGGCUAGCGAUGUGGCUUAAGUGUAGUGCACCUUAGCAAGUGUG